AUGGGCAAACAUCACGACGACUUGGACAUUGUUAAGUUUAUUGUUAACUUCGAGGACGGCUCCGAGAAGGAAGUCCCUGUGGCCUCUGUGGAUGAGGUGUUGGUGCUGAUUCCUGAGGGAACCACUUACCAGAUGACCAUUGUGUUUACUGUUUCCAACCGUACUUUGAAGAGCUUGAAGUACAAGCAGGUGGUCAGAAAGGGUGGUAUUCCAUUGAAGAGCAAGGAGCUCUACUUGGGUGACGAGUUUGAGCCAAGAGAGGAGCCUUACACUAAGCAGUUUGAGAAGGACACCACUCCUUCUGGUUUCCUCUACAGAGGCACCUUCCCUUCCACUUCUACCUACUUUGCUGGCGAGGAGGAGCUCUUCACUUCCGACUGGACUUUGGAGGUGACCAAGAAGGCCUAA